AUGUCUAACACUUCGGCCACAGAUCACAUUCCUUUGUCCAACGUUCUCAGCGCACUGGGUACUUUGAUCGGGUAUAUAGGAACCGAAGUUGCGACCGAUGAUGCUUUCUAUCGCCUGCUAUGGCCUCACCGUGGAUUUUCUAAUUUCUCGUUACGGAAUGCGUGGAAAGUAGCAAUUUUCAUGCCACUGGGUGGUCCACUCCAUAAGACAGCUCUCGAAACUAUGGAUACAUUUUUUAACCAUGGGCUGUUUCAAGGGGAGCUUUGUGGACAAAUGCUGGGUACUGCAUUCUUCCCUGAUACGAAUAUGACAUACCAGCUAUUUCAAGACGGGCUAUUCAAGCGAGAAGCAAGCGUUCGCAAUGGUUUAUGGGUUAAGGUGUUGAAUCGAAUGUCCUCGAGAGCAACGAAAGCCAUUCCUGGCUUGCAAGAGACUGAAAGGAAAAUGGAAUCCAGUCAUACUGGAGCAAGAGACCGGCGUCAAAUCUUUACCGUCCACUAUCUGCAGCUGUCGGUGGAAGAAGAGCACAACUCCAGGCCGAUUGCCAAAGACAUGAUCGUGGAAAGUGAUGUUGGCCCGGUGACUCCGAAAAUCUUGAUGGCCAUUGCCACAUCAGAGAUUACAGCAAUCGCCGUUGCAAUCGCCGUUAUGAUUAUAUGGAAAUCAGCAUUUAUGAUAAUCUGGCUGAUUCCUUUGAUACUGAAAUUACUCGGUGCUUUCCUGACACUGGCUCGGCAAGACGUCUUGAUCCCCAAGCCAAAAGCCUCAGCAUCUAUAGCGACUGCCUCGGGAAAUAAUGAAGAAGUUGACAGUUCCACGAUAUGCCCAGCGAGCAAACUACUCGUGAGCACUAAGCAAGGCUUCCAAGUCAUCUGCGGGCCAGAGGAGAUUGUCCUGCAGUUUUUCCGACACUAUGGUCACCCCCGACGGCGUCGAUGGAAAGAGAUCAUUGGAAUAGCUCUCAUUGCUGCUCUGGGUCUCAAUUUCCCUGUGUUUCUGGUAUGCUCCUUAAUCUGGAUGCCAGUCAAGCUUCAAUGUGUGUGGACAAUUUAUGUCCUUUAUGUGACAGGGGUUAUGUACAUUUCUCGAUAUGUGCAUGGAGAAUGGUGGGCGACCACAGAAGAGCAACUGGCCGACAAGUUCAUUCGAGCCGAAGAGAUACCAAGUCAACCAAAUAUUCUGUUUAGAUCUGCAAAUGGAUCUUGUCUACUGGCUAGACUGACACAAACUACCCAUGAUUCCCAUUCUUCUGCCAAAGCUCAUGCAGUGAAGCUUUUAUCAGCAUCAUCAACGACAACAUCCCAUGCGUUGAAAAAACCGGAAGAGAAGGAUCUGCUAUAUCAGACAGCUGCAAGGGACUCUGCCGUCUUGUGA